AUGGCGCUCUACAAUACAAACGACAUGAUCGCUGCCACCAGCGAGGCCGUCGCAGAGUUACUGCAUCUUCCACACCUUGCAAAGCAUUUCCCAACCAUGAUGGCAUCCUUUUUACUCUGGACUUCAAUUCAAUUCGUCGUCUCUCCUCUCCUUUCACCCAUCAUUUCUCCACCGAGGCAGCAGCUUGUCCCCCAACCAAACGGUAUCAAGACAUAUCCAGGAGAAAACGAUGAUGAUAAUGGCAAGAGAAGAGACAAGUCGCUCAAGGGCUGGAGCACGCAUGUGGUCGCCUUUUCCCAUUCCGUCCUCAUCGUCCCCCUCGCUUUCAUGUGCUUGGAUCUUCCUGCACUCAGUGGGAAGCGAGACAAGACGUUUGGAUGGGACGACACCGCUGGUCGGUUACACGCCAUUUCCUGCGGCUUUCUCUGGGAUACUCUCGACGCCUUGAUUUACUUUGAGAACCUCGGCUUCGUCCUGCACGGUGCCACGUGCCUCUUCGUGUUUAUGUUCAGCUAUCGGCCAUUCCUUUCGUAUUACGGCCCACGCUUCUUGCUCUGGGAAAUUUCAACUCCCUUUCUCAAUCUAAACUGGUUUUUUGAUCGCACGCGUGUAAAGGGUACGACGCUCCAGUUGAUCAAUGGCCUCACACUCCUCGCCACCUUUUUCUUUGCACGUCUCGUCUACGGCGUCUACAUGUCCUACGACUUUUUCCAGACGCUCUACUUUAACCGCGUCGAGAUUGGAUGGCCACUCUUGGUCACUUACUGUGCGGGAAAUUUUCUUCUAAAUGGCCUAAACUGGUUCUGGUUCUCCAAGAUGAUCAACGCCGUCCGAAGGCGCUUCGGUUCCCCGACGCCCAAGAACUCGCGGCCGUCGAGUCCUAUCCCCAAUGGAAAGACUAAUGGAGCCCGUGAAGAGAGUACUACUCCAAAUGGAAAACGUGUUGGCAAGCGAAAUACGCGCACAAAGGUGGCAUCCUAA